CUAGGUCUGAGCCAGCUCGUAUCAGGCUUCGGGUUCACCGCCCACCUACCCCCGACCGGAAAUUCAACCAUCGUUCUUAUGAACGGGAGAAAGGGAGAGAGGGCAAGAGUUGAACCAUCGACAGUCGGAGGAAAGUUCCAAUCCUCCUUCUCCAACCCUUCUCUUAUAUAAUUCCGUUUGGUGUUGAGCUAAGGAAGAGGAAGAAAGGUAGGCAUAAAAGGGUAGCAUUUUCUGUAUCUCAAUCGGCGAGGGAUCCAAGAUCAUCUUGAAGGUUGAAGAUGGCGGCCCUCACAAGGAUUGGUCUAGCUGGUCUUGCUGUCAUGGGCCAGAACCUCGCUCUCAACAUUGCCGAGAAAGGUUUCCCCAUCUCCGUCUACAACCGAACUACCUCCAAGGUUGACGAGACUAUCGAACGUGCCAAGCUGGAAGGAAAUCUCCCUGUUUAUGGCUUCCAUCAUCCCCAAUCCUUCAUCAAUUCAAUUCAAAAGCCACGAGUUGUCAUUAUGCUCGUGAAAGCCGGUGCACCCGUAGAUCAAACCAUUGCAACGCUUUCCACAUACUUGGAGGCUGGCGAUUGUAUAAUAGACGGGGGCAACGAAUGGUAUGAAAACACAGAACGGAGAGAGAAAGCCAUGAAUGAGCGUGGCCUCCUUUAUCUAGGAAUGGGAGUUUCUGGCGGAGAAGAGGGUGCUCGACACGGGCCAUCCUUGAUGCCUGGAGGUUCGUUUGAGGCGUACAAAAAUAUAGAAGACAUACUUCUCAAGGUGGCCGCUCAAGUUCCGGAUAGCGGACCUUGUGUGACUUACAUUGGCACGGGAGGCUCAGGCAAUUUUGUGAAGAUGAUUCAUAAUGGGAUCGAAUAUGGUGACAUGCAGCUCAUUGCCGAAGCUUACGAUGUGCUCAAGUCUGUCGGCAAGCUCUCAAAUGACGAGUUGCAGCACGUUUUCACUGAAUGGAACAAAGGAGAGCUUCUUAGCUUCCUGAUCGAGAUCACGGCUGACAUUUUUGGAAUCAAAGAUGACAAGGACGACGGAUACUUGGUCGACAAAGUCCUCGACAAAACUGGAAUGAAGGGCACCGGUAAAUGGACGGUUCAACAAGCAGCAGAUCUAUCCGUGGCUGCUCCGACCAUCGAGGCAUCCUUGGAUUCAAGGUUCUUGAGUGGGCUGAAGGAAGAAAGAGUUGAGGCUUCCAAGGUGUUCAAAUCUGGUGGUUUUGAUGACAUCUUAAGCAGCCAGGCUGUAGACAAGGCGAGGCUAAUUGAUGAUGUCAGGCAAGCACUUUAUGCUUCAAAGAUCUGUAGCUACGCGCAGGGAAUGAACUUGCUCAGAGCGAAAAGUAUCGAGAAGGGAUGGAAUCUCAAGCUCGGCGAGCUUGCACGCAUUUGGAAAGGCGGUUGCAUCAUUCGUGCCAUCUUCUUGGAUAGGAUCAAGAAGGCAUAUGACAGGAAUCCUGAUCUGGCGAAUCUUCUCGUCGAUCCUGAUUUUGCCAAGGAGAUGAUUGAACGGCAGGCGGCAUGGCGGCGGGUUAUCUGUCUUGCAGUUAAUGCCGGCAUCACAACUCCCGGUAUGUCGGCGAGCUUGGCAUAUUUUGACACUUACAGGAGGGAGAGGCUGCCUGCCAAUCUGGUGCAAGCUCAGAGUGACUACUUUGGAGCCCACACCGAGUGGUUUAAGAUUGCGAGCGAUACAGUUGCCAUUAGAGCUAGCUGGGAAGACAACGACGGGAUCGUUCUUAUAGAAACAAGGUUUGCAAAGUCCACCGAAACUCCCAUCUUUCUCAUCCUUCGGCUCCGCUCCUACCAGAAACCAUUGAGGAAGUUAAGCUUGUUUGCGCCAUUCUUCCUUUUCGCGCGUCCCGGAUUUUUCGUGAGUCGGCGUCAUUUUGGGAUUUACGCGAGCUCUGGUUUUACGGAGGCAUUUUUUGCGAAUUGCCCCGUAGCGGUGGAAGAAAAGUUUGGAGUAAAUGCUCGGCGAAAUGAUGCGCCUCCAAGCAUGGCUUUACGAUUUUCUCCUCUGGUUAUACAAACUCGAAAGCCUCCGCUAUUGUCUCUCCCCAAGAAAAAAUUAACAUUUUGCUGUUUUAUGGCCACUCCAACCUCUGAAUCCUCGACGAAGUUAAAGAUGGCGGCCCUCACAAGAAUUGGCCUAGCUGGUCUUGCUGUCAUGGGCCAGAACCUCGCUCUCAACAUUGCCGAGAAAGGUUUCCCCAUCUCUGUCUACAACCGAACUACGUCCAAGGUUGACGAGACUAUCGAACGUGCCAAGCUCGAAGGAGAUCUCCCCGUUUAUGGCUUCCAUCAACCCCAAUCCUUCAUCAAUUCAAUUCAAAAGCCACGAGUUGUCAUUAUGCUCGUGAAGGCCGGUGCACCUGUCGAUCAAACUAUUGCGACACUUUCAACAUACUUGGAGGCUGGGGAUUGUAUAAUUGAUGGGGGCAAUGAAUGGUAUGAAAACACUGAACGGAGAGAGAAAGACAUGAAAGAACACGGCCUCCUUUAUCUAGGAAUGGGAGUUUCCGGUGGUGAAGAGGGUGCUAGACACGGGCCAUCCCUGAUGCCCGGAGGUUCGUUUGAGGCAUACAAAAAUAUAGAAGACAUUCUUCUCAAGGUGGCUGCUCAAGUUCUGGAUAGUGGACCUUGUGUGACUUACAUCGGCACAGGAGGUUCAGGCAAUUUUGUGAAGAUGAUUCAUAAUGGGAUCGAAUAUGGCGACAUGCAGCUCAUUGCCGAAGCUUACGAUGUGCUGAGGAGUGUCGGCAAGCUCUCGAACGACGAGUUGCAGCACGUUUUUACUGAAUGGAACAAAGGAGAGCUUCUUAGUUUCCUGAUUGAGAUUACGGCUGACAUAUUUGGGAUCAAAGAUGACAAGGGCCACGGCUAUCUGGUCGACAAAGUCCUUGACAAAACUGGAAUGAAAGGCACCGGUAAAUGGACGGUUCAACAAGCAGCAGAUCUAUCCGUGGCUGCUCCGACCAUCGAGGCAUCCUUGGAUUCAAGAUUCUUGAGUGGGCUGAAGGAAGAAAGAGUUGAGGCUUCCAAGGUGUUCAGUUCUGGUGGAUUUGAUGACAUCUUAAGCAGCCAGCCUGUAGACAAGGCGAGGCUAAUUGAUGAUGUCAGGCAAGCACUUUAUGCUUCAAAGAUCUGUAGCUACGCGCAGGGAAUGAACUUGCUCAGAGCGAAAAGUAUCGAGAAGGGAUGGAAUCUCAAGCUCGGCGAGCUUGCACGCAUUUGGAAAGGCGGUUGCAUCAUUCGUGCCAUCUUCUUGGAUAGGAUCAAGAAGGCAUAUGACAGGAAUCCUGAUCUGGCGAAUCUUCUCGUCGAUCCUGAUUUUGCCAAGGAGAUGAUUGAACGGCAGGCGGCAUGGCGGCGGGUUAUCUGUCUUGCAGUUAAUGCCGGCAUCACAACUCCCGGUAUGUCGGCGAGCUUGGCAUAUUUUGACACUUACAGGAGGGAGAGGCUGCCUGCCAAUCUGGUGCAAGGCUCAGCGUGACUACUUUGGAGCACACACGUACGAGAGGACUGACAUAAGCGGAUCUUUCCACACUGAGUGGUUUAAGAUUGCAAGGCAGUCGA